AUGUCAGGUGCAGUAGUGGUGGGUUACUCCAGCUCAUGGUCGCGCGCCCUAGUCCAGAUCUCUCCGUACACAUUCUCCGCCAUCGGAAUCGCCGUUGCCAUCGGCGUCUCUGUUCUCGGCGCCGCCUGGGGAAUUUAUAUCACUGGCAGCAGUUUGAUCGGUGCAGCAAUCAAGGCCCCUCGUAUCACUUCUAAGAAUCUCAUUAGUGUAAUCUUUUGUGAAGCUGUUGCUAUAUAUGGUGUUAUUGUUGCGAUUAUUCUACAAACAAAGUUGGAGAAUGUUCCAGCAUCAAAGAUAUAUGCACCUGAGUCUCUUAGAGCUGGAUAUGCCAUCUUCGCCUCUGGGAUUAUCGUGGGCUUUGCAAACCUUGUCUGCGGUUUAUGUGUGGGAAUCAUAGGAAGCAGCUGUGCAUUGUCUGAUGCCCAAAACUCUUCACUUUUUGUGAAGAUCCUUGUGAUUGAGAUCUUUGGCAGCGCACUUGGAUUGUUUGGAGUGAUUGUGGGAAUCAUAAUGUCAGCUCAAGCAACAUGGCCAUCGAAAUGA